AUGUCAAGGGCUUUCGUAGGGGCGUUGUCUUUACUCAGGGGACGGUUUUCUUCACACAUUUCAAGCCGCGGCCACAAUUUGUGUAAAAAUAGACACUUUAUAAAAUUUCCAAGGAUAUUCAAGAGGAGAAAUCCCGAGUUAAUCUCUACAGCAAAAAUUAACCUACACGAUCACAGCACUGGAUUUAUAAAUUUCAUAAACACUUUGGAUUCCUUGAUUUCAAGCAACAACGUAAACGUGGAAUCCUUCAUUGAGUUGUUUGAAAAGUUUGAAUCUUCUCUGUCUGAUGACAAUGAACACAUGGUCAAAACACUUAGUUCCUAUGACACAGUAAGCCUCUUAUUCAUGUUGGAUUCCUUGACAAUAUAUACACAGAAUAAGACCAGUAAAAAUAUAAUUAAUUUGAUGAAUAAUUUGUGCAGUGUGUUAUCGCAUAGAGACUUGAUGAAAACUGAAAAUGAUGAAUUUGACAUAAGUUAUAACAUGGCCCUGAUGGACAUAUUAAAUCGCAUAAACAGUGACUCUAAAGAAGUUAAACUUCUUAUGGCUUCAGUAAAUAAGCAGUCGAGGACGCACGUUGAUUUUCUGAUAGAAAAGGGGAAGUUUACACAUUUCAUGAAUCUGUUCUCGUACACACUUGACCCAAACUCCGUAUACGCUAUUGUUUACUGCUGUUUGUUUAAACUGGACAAAUUUAAAUGUGACGAUUUUGCCAAUAUCCCCGGAUUCUUGUUUAAAUUUAAGAUUUUUGACGAUAACAUCCUAUCUAAUGUAGUUUCACUAGCUUCUUCAUCACCUUACGCAACUUUUGAAUCAGAUUUUAAGUCGUUCAAUAAGUUUGUGAAGGAUUUGCUUUUGUUUGAAAUGCCAUUUAACAUGAACUUUAUUUCCUUUUCACCUGCUGUUGUAUAUCUUGAUAAGUUAAAAGCAAACAUAGUAAAUUACAAUGACGAUGAGCUAUUAUUCUUAUUGUCAGGUUUCCCGUCGAAGAAGCACUUCAUUGUAGCACCCAGAAUCAAUAUAGGAGAGUUGACGUAUAGUAUUUUAGUUAGGCUGGGAAUUUUAUCUGAGUCCCUUGAAUUUAAGGGAAUAGCACAUUUGAGUAACUGGCAACUUAUGAAUUUGGUAAAAUACGUUAACAAAUAUGAGUUAAAACCCAGUAAAUCGGGAUGGAAACGUGUUAGAUCCAUCUUAUUAAAACAGGAAGUGAAGAGCCCAGAACCAGAUGUACCAGAUAAAUUAGAAGGGAGCUCACUUAUGAAUGACCUCGCAAGAGAUUUCUCAAGCAGAUUCCUAAAGGAAGUGCCACAAGGGUGUAAAUUGAUUGACGUGGAUGACGUGUUUAAGAACACUGGAGUAUUGAGUGAUUUAAUGUCCCUGCUAAAUCAGUUUUAUGUGCACAAUGUGGACGAAAUCUAUGUAAACAGCUUUAGUUUAUCCCUAAGUAGGCUACUGGCACUUAUGGAAGACAAUGAUUUUCAAGAUAGUGAGCUUCUGAAGUUCAUGAAUGACGUAUCGAGUCUUAACGUGAAGACUUUAACCGAGUUCUCAUCGCAAUUAUACAAGCUGGCAAAUCGCAACGACUUAGAGCUGAAGGGAAAGGCUCUGAGAUUUAGACUUCUCGAUCUAAAGAAAAGCAACACCUUGUCUGAGACUCCAGAGAUGAUUCAACACUUUGACUCCUUUGAAUCAUUGAAAGAUAAGGCUGAUUCUAAAAGUGUGUUAACUCUACUAAACCUACUAGAUAUAGUCAAUAAAACAAAACAAUUAUCAGAUGAAGCACACAAAGAGGCAUUCGACGGUGUUUUUGAAAAAAUGAGUGGAUUGGUGUAUGAGUGUGUGAAAAAGGAGUUUGGGCUGUUUGACUAUAAAUCAAUGACCCUGUUACUUAAUUUACCAGCUGACUGUAGUCUAUUGAGUCAAAUGGAUGAGUUGAUAGACCUUGAAACGAAGGUUUAUAAAGUACCACAACUGGUAACUAUGUUUAUUUAUAGGUUAAAAAGGACAAAUGAUGGGAAACAGGGCUUUGAAGGAGUCAAGAAGGUAUACGAUGUGUUGAUGAGUAGGCUCGAGGAACUGGUUAACGUUCUGGAAUCGCACUUCAGCCACAGAGUUUGGCUUAAAGAACCCACAAGCAGCAAUAACAUAAGGAAAAUAAACCCAUGGCUCAACGAGCACGGGAUAAGAGUGCUGUUUAAGGCGCCAACGGAGCACCUUGACAUGUUCCUGUACGAAAAGUGCCCCAAGAUCGACGAAUACUUCGAUUUGAGCAGAUACACAUACGCCGAACAGGAGAGUUGGGGAGACAAGAGGCUCUUAAACUCGCUCCAUGAGCUUAAGAUGGAGCUGAUUGAACUAAGUAGGAAAGUUGGAGUCGAGGAGCUGAAAUUAAGUGCAAAAGUGGUUGAAAAUAGGGAAAACAACAUAAAAAAUCUGGUAAUUAAACUGGGGGCGGAGCUGAGGAGAGCAACGCUGGCGGUUGAAAUGUGUAGGCCAAUUUCAAGGGACCGCUAUUUGCCCAAAAAACACGCAGAUCAACUGGUAAAACUAACUUUGAAACAAAUCUCAAAUGUUAAAGGAGGAGAAAACCAGCCUGUUUGGACCGUAAAAUUCUACAGUUAG